AUGGUCUCUGAGUCCGAGCCUACAGGGAUCCUAGCGGGACGCCCUAUUGGUGCUAGUUCUAGUGCUAGUACCUGUUAUAAUAGCAAUAAUAAUAUUAAUAAUAAUAAUAAUAAUAAUAAUAAUAAUAUUAAUAAUAAUAGUAUUAAUAAUUCGCCGGGAAAUUCACAACCGGCGCAACAUCACACUAAAGAUAAUAAUGCCAAUAAAAACAUUGAGACUUACGAUGUCGACGAGAGGCAUAUGUCCAAUCUAUUGGUCAGGCCGAGCUGGACAGAUGCUGCCAUUGCCCUGGAUCAAGUCGAAAAGGGCAAGGCAACCGGUCAGAGGUCAAAGCUGUGGAUUCGAGCGAGGUUUCAAGAUCAUCUCAGUCGAAUAGCGGACUUUCUCCAGAGAAACGCUGGCAAGGUACUCUUUGUUACCAUCCUGAUCCUUGCGACCUUGAGCAUUGCUGUCAGAUGCGCCCAUUCCCGAAACAAAGUCGAACAAUUGUGGAUUCAAGAAGGCGGAACUCUCGAGCGAGAGCUUAACUAUGCGGAGGACUGGCUCGGAGAAUCGGCCCCACAGACUCACCAACUGAUAAUUCAGAUGCCAAAACAUUCCGGUGCAAAUGUCUUGAAUCCGCAAGCGCUCAAGGAACACCUCAAUAUUAUUUCACAAGCUAUGCAAGUCACUGUCGAGAUGUUUGAAGUAACGUGGAGUCUCAGAGAUAUUUGUGUUAGGAUGACGAUACCAGAUUUCGAUAAUUAUCAUAUUGAACAGAUUUUUGAAAAAAUGAUCCCGUGUAAUAUUAUGUCACCGCUGGAUUGCUUUUGGGAGGGAAGCAAACUCAUGGGACCAGAAUAUCCUGUAGUAGAGUACAUGAAAAACACCAACGAGACAAUGAUAGCGGGGUUUCCGUUUUACAUACUUGAAGAGUACAUGAAGAGGGCUGGAAUAACGAAUGCGUAUCAAACGAAGCCUUGCUUGGACCCCACGGAUCCACAUUGCCCCGAGACGGCUCCGAAUAAAAAAUCCCGGCAACCGCUGGACGUCGCAGGAGAAUUAACCGGUGGCUGUCACGGGUUCGCGACUAAAUUUAUGCACUGGCCCGAGGCGCUCUUGAUCGGUGGUGCUAAACGCAACAGGACUGGACACUUGAUGCACGCCGCUGCAUUGCAAACUGUCAUACAGUUGAUGUCCGAGCGCGAGCUGUAUGAUUCAUUAACUGAGGACUACAAGACCCACAACAUCGGCUGGACCCAGGAGAAAGCUUCCCAGGUGUUGGAAUCCUGGCAGCGCGCUUUUUUUAACACUGUUAAAAAAUUACAGCAGCACACUCAUUAUCCUAAAAACAGUUCGCUUUCUUUGUACAACUCGUAUGCAUUCAGUACUAUUACUAUGAAUGAUAUCAUCAGUAAGCACAGUGAAAUGUCAUUGAAAAACGUCGGCAUUGCAUGUGGGCUUGUGAUACUUUACUCAUGUAUCGUGCUGUUCCACUGGCAGAACCCAAUGUUCUCCCAAUCCGGCAUCGGUCUGGGCGGAGUGAUCCUCGUAUGCGCAACAAUAACAGCCGGCCUUGGCUUCUGUGCUGUUUUAGGACUCCCCUUCAACGUAAUCACCACCCAAAUCCUUCCCUACCUCCUUGUAGGUCUCGGUUGCCACGACACAUUUUUAAUAACCCACGCCGACGCUAGUGAUUCUUGUUCAGCCGUAACAGUAGGAUCCAGCGAAGAAACAAGACCUCUUUCCUCACCAGCUUACUCUCCAGUCCUAAUGAGCGAGUCUCACCGUACCACAGUAAUCCUAAAGCGCGUUGGAUUAUCAAUCUUACUAAAAGGCCUGUGCACUGCUUCAGGUCUAGGAAUCGCAGCAAUAAUUCCAAUCCCAGCUCUGAGAGUAUUUUCCUUAAAAGCAGCAGUUCUUUCAAUCUUUAUCCUCAUUUCCAUGCUUAUCGCCUUCCCAGCAUUGCUAAGCCUGGACCUUCGUCGUCGAAAAACCGGCCGGUGGGAUAUUUUAUGCUGCUGUUUCCUCUCUUCAAAAACAGCAGCUCGGAUAAAUAAAAAAACUCAUAUUAUUUACGAAAAUAAAUCUAAUAACAUCAGAAAUCACGUCACGGCAAACAACAAAAAACAUUACGCAGAUUGCAAACGCGUUGACCAAAACGAAUGGACUGACUCUAAUGAUGACAACAAUAUAAAUAGAAAUCACAAAGAAAAUUACGAAAAACACGGAGAUAAUUACGACGAAGUAGACAUGAAGGAGCAGAAAAAUCUGCAACACCAGCAUUACUGUCACCACCAUCAAUAUGAAGACACAAUAACUUGCUGCGGAGACAGAAGCAAAGAUUGUCUCCCGCUGAAAUUUUCCCUCCGAAAAUUCGCUUACAUGCACUACGGGCCCUUCUUAACAAACCCUUUGACAAAAGUCAUAGGCAUGAUAAUGUUCGCAAUCAUCCUGAUAGGCAGCGUCUUAAAAGGAAUGAACAUAGAAGAGGGACUAGAACUGGGUGACUUGGUACCUCAACAUUCAAAAGAGCACGCAUUCCUUGAAGCUCAGUCAAAGUACUACGGAUUUUACAGCAUGUUUGCAGUAACUGAGCGUAAUUUUGACUACCCUAACAACCAACAGAUGCUCUAUGACUACCACGAUGCAUUCACAAGGGUGAAGAAUGUCAUUAAAAAGGACGAAAGUUCCCUACCGCAGUUCUGGCUGAGUCUCUUUAGGGACUGGCUUAAAGGUCUGCAGGCUGCUUUUGACAGAGAUUAUAAGAACGGAUGCAUUACGCAGGAAAGGUGGUUCAAAAAUGCAAGUGAUGAAGGAAUUCUUGCGUAUAAAUUGCUAGUGCAAACAGGCCACGUUGAUAAUCCAAUUGAGAAGCAAUUGAUUUCUUCUGUAAGGCUGGUUGAUUCUGAUGGAAUAAUUAAUCCCCGGGCUUUUUAUAAUUAUUUAAGCGCCUGGGUUUGGAAUGACGCUUUGGCUUACGGAGCUUCCCAGGCUAAUUUAAGACCUGUACCGAGACAGUGGAUUUUUGUCAAUGAUGAGGAGCUCAAAAUUCCCAAAAGUUCGGCGAUUGCUUACGCGCAAAUUCCUUUUUAUCUUCAUAGAUUAAAUUCAACUGCUGAAAUUACAGAGUUGAUAAGAAAUGCGAGGAAUUUGUGCACGAAAUUUGCAGAGUUGGGUCUUCCUAAUUUUCCGUAUGGAAUUCCGUUUAUAUUUUGGGAGCAGUACAUGAAUUUAAAGCGCUGGUUGUUGAUAGCGUUUUUCUCUGCUAUUGGAGCGAAUAUGUUAAUUGUUGGGGUGCUGCUAUUAAAUGCUUGGGCAGCGAUGCUGGUUGGAUUAUCUCUUGGAGGAAUAGUUGUCCAGCUGUUUGGAUUGAUGAGCUUGUUUGGAAUGAAAUUAAACGCAAUAUCUGCGGUGUUGUUGGUGAUAAGUGUUGGAAUCUCUGUACACUUUACCGCUGAUAUUUGCUUGAGCUUCGUGACCUGUGUUGGGAACAACCGAGACCGGAGAAUACGCCUGGCUUUGGAACACAUGUUCGCUCCGGUAAUUCAUGGGGCAAUUGUCACCUUUUUGCCGAUCAUCAUGCUGGCGUUUUCGGACUUUGAGUUUAUUGUACGGUAUUUCUUCCCUGUGCUGUCUAGUCUUAUUGGAAUCGGGCUGCUCAAUGGGUUGUUUUUCUUUCCAAUUCUGCUGUCGCUAGUGGGGCCAAACUCGGAAAUUACUCCACCACCAGCUCAUCCGGAUAGAAUUGCGACGCCUACGCCUCCGGCUUCGCCGGAAAUUACGCGGCGCAAAAGACACCACAGAAGCUCGCAUCAUUCUGAAGGACCUCCCAGGCGGCCUCAUAAAAUUGAUAAUAAUAAUUCCAGGCAGUUACAUCAAAUGCACUCUGAGCCUUCGUUGACUACUAUUACUGAGGAGCCUAAUUCUUGGCACAGUACUCAAGAAUCUUGUAUUAUUGUUCAGCCGGAAGUUAAAGUUGAGACAACGUCGACUUGUGGCAAUCAGAAUUGCAAUGGCAAUGGCGGAGCUUCAGAUAAUAAUGGAACAUCAUCUGUACUUACAUCAACUCCUCACAUUAUAACAACGACAAAAUCCUGUUGCAACAAUAGUAGUAAUAGUAGUAGUAGUAGUAGUAGUAAUAGUAGUAGUAAUAGUACAAAUACUAAUGUCAGCGAAAAAGUAUUUACUGGUAAUAAUUGUAACAAUUAA